AGGUAUUCGAGGAAGCGCUGGAGCGCUUCGUGCAGUCGAUCGACGAAGAUGCAUUGAUGAGUUUGCGUCAGGGGAUCUACAAAGAGUUCUUCGCAGUUGCUCCUUCGGGACAGGAUUAUUUCAAGCAGUCUACGACCAGACUCUACUUCAUUGCGGACAAGAUGAUUGAGAUUACCUGUGGCAUUUAUAAAGAGCCACGGGUCAUGGUGGAAGACAUCUCCGCCCUUGGCCUGCGUCAUGUCGCCUAUGAGAUUCCAACGGAGCUCUUUUCUCCAUUUGUUAGCUCAGCGGUGAAGGUGCUCGGAGAGAUGACCACUGAUGAAACAGCAACUGCAUCCUUUCGCUGGUCUCUCAACUUAGUGUCCAAGAUUCUGGUCCGGACGCUGCUGGAAGGUUCGACCAUUGUGAUGAAGGCCAUCAACAGAAAUGAGCAGAAGGCUCUGCAGAAAGCCAUUGCAGUGGCACCUCGUGGCAAGCGAGCCAUGGAGCUGCUGGAGAUUAGGGUUGGCACGCAGACAAUCUCGCCAUUCUAUUGGGCGAUCGAGAGUGGCAGCUUGAAUUCUGCAAAGGCCAUGAUCAGCGACUUGCUGACAAUUCGUGCGGAUAGAGACAACUACUAUUACGGAUGCGACGAUCUCUUUCGGCGCCAUCCAGAAGUGGUGCACAAGCUUUGUGUCGAGGCUCCGACCAUGCUUACGACUUUGUUAGAUGGUUUGCUGUGGCGCGCACGAAAGACCGUACAAGGAACACGACGCGUCAACUACUAUGUGAAGCAUUUGCUUCAAGAUGAUGACGGCAGUUUUGAUCAGGCUCUGGAGUGGCUGGUGGAUUUCAAUUGCCCGAAGAUCAUUAGUCAUCCUGUGGUCGUUCUUUUCACGGAUAUGCUUUGGACUCGUGUUGCCAUGUAUUACUUCUUGAUUGGGAGACUUUACUUCUUCAUCACCCUGUCUGUUUUUGCGUUCAGUCAGGCACUACUUCCUUCCACGGAUGGAGCAAUGUCCAAGGAGGGCAAUGUGGCAGUCUUCAUUUGCCGCUGCUUCAUUUACCUGGGCAGCAUGUGCCAUUUGUUGAUCCGUUCUAUUCGCCUGUGUUACAAGGACAUCAGGGACAGGAACUUCAGCAGGAUUUGGCGCAUCCCAGUGCCUGAACACCUUUGCUGUAUGACAGAGCUGGGCUAUAUCGCAUUGUUUUGGACUCUGCUGAUGAUGUGCAUCCAGGAGCCGAUUUGGUGGUGUUUAAAUGAUCCUUCUGGCGACGGGUUGCUCUUCACAAGCAACUGUGAUGGGGCUCUGUAUCGUGCAGAUUCCUACGCUGCUUUGUCAUGUGUUGCCAUGCUGCUGUAUUGCGCAUUAAUCAUUAAUCUCAGCAUCCUUUCCAUGCGAAUCUCAUCCUUUGUUAUGAUGUGUGGUCGUGUCUUGGCAGAAGUUGGCCUCUUUUUGAUGGCCGCAUGCUUCCUCAUCAUUUCCUUUGCUUUGGGGAUUUCGGCACUGUCACAUCGGAGUUCUGCAUUCCAAGGUCUUGACAAUGCUGCGUAUUCGCUGUUUGCAAUCAUGAUUGGGCUCUUCCCAGCACGUGACCUUGAUCAAAUGCAGGACGAGAUUUGCGUCAUCAUCACAGUCUCAAUAUUUGUCAUUUUUAUCGCAAUUUUCCUCCUGAAUUUGCUGGUGGCACAGUUGAACCAAGCCUACCAGAUCAUUUUCCCAGACAUGCAAGGAUAUGCGCGCCUCACCCGCGCCUCAGUCAUUGUGUCUGCUGUGGAGCACGCUUCAACACAACGA